UUUUUGAUCAACAACGUAACAAUAAGAAUCGUCGCCGUGGAACAAUAUUUGGUGAUUGGAUUUCGAAGAUCGUAGUCGUUCGUAUUUAUUCUUAAUCUUAUCUUUUGAACGAAUGAAUACACAGAAAGUUGACCUGAGUAAUGAUAGAGCUUUAGAGGAUAUUGGAGAGAGCAAGUCCAUUGAAAGUCCAGAAGUGGUAACCAAAUAUAAAACAGCCGCAGAAGCUGUAAACAAGGCUUUUUUGCACGUAAAGGAGGCCGUGAAGCCCAAUGUUUCUGUCUUGGAGUUGUGUAAGCUAGGCGAUAGUCAGAUCUUGGAGUACACUUCAGGAGUGUUUAACAAGGCAAAGACUGCAACUGGUGAGAAGGUUGAUAAGGGAAUUGCCUUUCCUACUUGUGUUUGCGUGAAUGCCUGUGUUUCACACUUUUCUCCCCUUUCCGACGAGGACACUGAACUUUUAAAAGAAGGUGAUCUGAUAAGUAUCCAGAUGGGUGCCCACAUUGACGGAUAUUGUGCAGUUCUUUGCAAUACUUUGUUUGUCAAUGGUACUGAAAUAGAUUCAUCCUCACAGACACUAACGGGAAGAAAAGCGGAUCUAGUUGUCGCAGUAUACACUGCAGCGGAAGCAGCUUUACGUAUGUUAAGACCUGGAAGGACCAAUACUGAAAUAUCAGAAAUAUUCGCAAAGAUAGCUGAUGCUUAUGACUGCCGAAUUGUGGAAGGCUGCCUAAGUCAUCAAAUGAAACGACACGUUAUUGAUGGAAACAAAGUUGUCCUUGCCAAACCCACGUUUGAUCAAAAGGUGGAUAUAUAUGAAUUUCAAGAGAAUGAAGUUUAUGCGAUAGACAUUGCUAUGAGCACUGGCGAAGGAAAAACUAGAGAACAAGGUACACGUUGCACCAUUUAUAAACGUCGUGUGGAUAUAGAGUACAAUCUGAAAAUGAAAACUUCUCGUGCAGUAUUUAAUGAGAUUAAUACCAAAUAUCCCACAUUGCCUUUUUGUUUGCGUUCGCUUGCCGAUGAAAAAAAGGCAAAGCUUGGUAUUACGGAGCUUCUGACUCAUAAUCUUGUUGUUUCAUAUCCUGUUUUAUAUGAAAGAGAAGGUGUCUUUGUAUGCCGAGCAAAGUUCACUGCUCUCAUUUUACCGUCGCAAACUCUUCGUAUUACUGAAUUUUCGAUGCCUUCGUGUCAAAGCGAAAAGACAUUGUCUGACGAGACAGUAAAGGCAGUUUUGAAAACCUCUGUGUCAAAGAAAGCUCAAAAGAAAAAGAAGAAGCCAGAAAAAUUAAACUCGCAACAAGUUCAUGAAGAGCCAGUGCCAAUGGAAACGGAUGAAAGGAAUGCCUAGUCAGGAUAACUAAAGGGAGAUGAACUCAAAUAA